UACGUAGAGGUGUCGCCGAAAUUUGAUUUUUCUGUGGAUUUUUGCGUGGAAUUUGGUCAUACAUGGCCCCGUUUGCAUGAAACAAGAUGGGAGGCCAUAUUUGUUAUGUGUAAUUUUGCUCAGGAUGCGCGUUUUAAUUCAUGUUCUACAUUAUGGAAUAUUUUUGUGUUGAGUGCAAUUUUGGUAUUUUUUUAAAUUUUGCUGUGUGCAAUAUGAUGGCGCGAUCAUUAUACCAAAGUCGGAAUUACGGCUGUGGUGAAAUUCGUAGCGUAAGGCGCUUCUCGCCUUUAUGCCCGAGUCCUGGAAAAGUAAAACGCUACUACGAACUUUCCGAAUGUUUGAGAUAGCGACGUCGUUAAUAUUGCAGCUGAAAGCUUGCAAUGGAACAACAGCUAGGAGAUGGCCAAGUUACUGUUAUGCAGGCCGUGCCUGCAGGUGCAGCGGGACAACAAGUUCAGGUUGUACAGGUUAACCAAGCAGGACAAGUAAUACAAGGUUCUAAUGGGCAACAGAUUAUGGUUCAUGCUGUUCCACAGAGCCCACAAACCAUUCAAGUGGCAACACAGGGUGGACAGACAUUGCAGCCAAUUCAAGUUUUACCAGUUUCCAGCUUACAGGGUGGUGCAGGACAACAAAUUGUCAUUCAGCAGCCACAACAGGCACAAAUCAUUCAGACUUCAGAUGGACAAACUUUUAUUUAUCAACCAGUGCAGAUUGAUGGUGGCGUUCAGCAAACAACUCAGCCAACUGUGAUCAACUUGAAUGGAAAUCUGGUGCAGCUGGCAGCAGGCACAGGCCCUGCUGCUGUAACAGCAGCAGCUCCAGCUCCGGUUGUCACAGCAGCAACGCAACAGCAGAUCAACACCACAAGUGCCAGCCCUGCUGCCACAGCUGUUCCCCAGGCUGUGGGUGUCAAUGGGAGUAAUAUUGUAAUGAUGGUGCCGGGUGCAAGUGGUGUGCACCAGUUUCAACGAGUGCCCCUUCCAGGUGGUGCAGAAUUUCUGGAAGAAGAACCUUUGUAUGUAAAUGCAAAGCAGUAUAGACGUAUACUGAAACGCCGUCAAGCCCGAGCAAAAUUAGAAGCAGAAGGAAGAAUACCAAAAGAGCGACCUAAAUACCUACAUGAAUCAAGGCAUCGUCACGCAAUGAACCGCAUCAGAGGAGAAGGGGGCAGGUUUCAUUCAGGCUCAGUGAAGAAGAAACUGGAACUUCAACAGAAUAACAACCUGCAAGUGGAAGCAAGAACAAACAUCAGCAGUGUUCCUGUAACAUCAACUAGUUCACAAGUGGAUGCAGAUAACCUGGGAUCAACACUUGUCAUUGAGGUGAGGCCAUCAGACUGUCAGAAGGCAGGUGGUGAAUGGAAUAUGUUUGACUUGUCAUAGGGCUACUAAUGUUGCACAAGAUGUGUGAAGGCGAAUGCACUCAUCGUAAUGCGUGUCUUCGUGUGUGUGAAAUUUUGUGCAACAAUGAAAUUAAGAUUUGUGAAAUUUUUGUUAGCUCAGUGAUCACAACUGAGAUGUAAAGGCAGUGGUAUUCUUAAACAGUGUUUGAGUUGUGUGGUGUCUCACAGGUGAGAUGCAGCUAUUUAUGACAAUCUGGUAAAUUCAGUGACAACUUGUUUUUUUUUAUAAUAUGAUUGUUCAAGAGGGAGCAGUGAAUACUGCAGCCUGUAUCCACAGAGAAUGAUUAAUAUUAAUCAUGUCUAUCAAAGAAACCUCUUUGUAAAUAAUGGCAGUGGCUGGCUGGGUUUAUUAUGUCAUCUUUACCUUUGCAGGACAGUUUUUAGACGCUCUUAGUCUUCCCUUUAUUUGAGAAGACUACAAAUGACAGUGACUCUCUCUGCUGCUUCGGCAGUUUAACAGUAUUUAUGCAUAUUUUGUGUAGUUUUUAUUCUUGGUUUACAAGACUGUUAAAAAUUUGUUAUGUCAUGUGUGUUAAAUGAAUCCUCCAAAAUGUGUAGAACAAUUUCAAGAGAGUGAAUUGUAUUCGCAUAAUUUUGGAGGAGUGGACUAAAUGUUUAGCAUUCAGCAGUUCAUUGCUGUAUGCUAGAGUAAAUGUAAAUAUUUGUACUUGUAACAUGUGUAAUUUAGCUUGUAGAAUCAUUUUUAUAGUAUUUCAUUGAUUAAUUUAAAUAUGUGUGAUUGGGAAGUGUGCACAUGGAGUCUCUGGAAAUAGACCACAUAAAAAAAUUAAACUUUUUUGUUGUUGUAAUCGGAUAAGUCCUCACUGGGUGAAAACACACAAUUAUUGUCUAAAAGUGUUGACAAGUGCUCAUCAUUGUAUUUUUUCCAUUUUAUUAUAUUCUGGAAUGUCUACAUCCAAGAUAAUUCUUGCCUUUUUAUUUUGAAAAUGUGAAAUCAAUGAUGGGUUAUGUGUUACUGGUCAGGUAGCUUUUCUUUCAUGAAACUAAAGACAAUAAGUUAAAACAAUGGCAGUCACAUUGUGAAACACUCUUGCCAUGCCAGCAUUUCGUCACAUGUCGUAUCCCUGUGACUCAAAAUUCAAUAUUAGCACACCCUUUCCACUGUCAGUUGUUGCUAAACACUGCAAUAGAACCAAUUAUCUGUGAACCAACUGAGGAUACUGUUUCAGGUUCUUUGUUUAAAUGUACUCAUGCAUGCCCAUUGUAAUUAAAAGGUCUAUGCAAUUAUUUGCACAAAUAAAACUUGUAAUUAAUUAGCAGUCACUGUUGAUCAAAAGUUAUUGCUUCCAGCAGUUACAUGGUCUGCUUAGCCAAACUAAAACUGUUUUAACUGAUACAUAAUUGGGACAGAUCUCUUGUCCAUCUUAUGUGCAUUUCGUAUAUGGAAUGAAAAGAAACACUGAUUGGCCACAUAUAGAGUGAGGGCAGACAUUCAAAACCAGAGUUCGAAGAUUUGCUUUUUCUGAUCACACGAAUAAUCGCCACCAUUUAAAUGACUGUUGUUAACUGCACAUACCUGGAGAGAUGUUCAACUUGGCAAGUACUUCAAAAUUUCUGCUUAUCAGUUAUGUACUCCAGUUUCUGAUACCCAGGGCUUAUCAGAAGAGUGAAACUACUAUAAAUGAGAGAGAUGACCAAGAAUGUAAUGAGUUACGGGAUUGCACAGAUUUGCAGAGACUGAUAGGUGCCCUGCUUGUACUGCACUGUAUUUGAUGGGAAAAGUGAUGGUAUAUUGUGAUCACAGUAUGAAAGCUGAGAAGCUCAAUUUCUUUUUAAAUGAGGAAUUAUUUUUAGGCAACAAUCUGUUGUCUUUAAUGUUCCAACCUGCCACAUGUCAGCUGUGAAUCAUUGGCAUUGCAAUGAAUUGACUAAUUGUUUCCUUGUUGAAGGUUGGCAGUGGUGUCAUUUGAGCUAUCUGUGAAACUAAUAUUUAAUCAUGAAUUUACAUUGUGAAAUUAUCUUCUAUAAGAAGCUGUUAGACUUGUGACUAUGUCCUUGUCAUGUAGUAGCAGUUAUUUGAAGUUUGAGAGUACAUAAUGUAUUAAUUGUGGCACUAUGGAACAUUGUUGAGUAAUGUAGAAUGCCUGUUUUUUCUCGUUGUACUGUUUGGUGUACAUAAGGUUUUAUGAAAAAUAUGUUUUGUAAUGUGUAUAAAAUCUUUAUUCCUGUAAUUAUAGUAAAAAGUUUUUAUAAUUGCUGUUACAAGUAGUCUAUGUUACUUUUGUUAAGAUCAAAAUGUUAAAGGAAUAGUAUGAAAACAGCAUAGAAAGAAAUUUCAAAAGCAGUGAACAAAAUGAAAAUGAUUUUAUCCAGUAAUUUAUGUAAACAAUAUUUAAAUUUUAACUGUUUUUUUUUUCUACUAUUUGCAACAGUGGAAUCAUAUUUAUAAAUAUCAUUGUCUUGGGAUUUCAGCUUUCACAAGUCAGUUGCUUAUCUGUAAAGAAAAAAAAUUACAUUGCAAAUUGUUCUAUGAAGUUGUUAGUGAUUUAAUUUCCAGUAGUUUAUUUCAGCGAUUUCAUUUACUGAAUAACCCAUCUGUGCUGGUAUAGGUUUUCCUCAAGAUUAAAGUUUUAUAUAUGUGGAUAAAAGUAUUUUCCAGAUAUUUCUUCCAAGAAGUUGCAAUAAACAUAAAAGUUGGUAUCCGUAUUGACCAUUAAAUGUAGAGUAGUUUUGAGAAGUGCUGCAAAAAGUGAGUGUUACAGAAUGUUGAAUCAUCAUUGCUCAGCCAAAUUGCUGAAGUUGUUCACCACUCAAAAGAACUGUCUGUGAAACUAAUAGCAUCUCCAAAGGAGUGUCAUUUGUCUCUGCCUGCUAAGUGUUGGACUUUUGUUUUUACCACUGCCUUCCAACAGAGAUGUUUCAAUUUUGAAAGUACAAAUGUAUAUUUGUUACUUGAUGUAAUUAGCAUAUACCACAGUCUGUGACUGUGAGAAAAAAAAUGACGGUGUACUUAAUAGUUUUAUACAUGAGUUUUUAAAUGUACAUAUUUUAAAUGUUCCUUUACAUCAACUUUGAAGUGUCAGCAGUAAUCAGUUGUAACAAAAUUCAUCCACAGAAAAAUGAUUUAUUUAUAAUUUGUAAAAAAAAGAAAAAAAUGGUAAAAUAUUAAGACAUUCUUCCUACUUCAGGAAGGCACGAUAGCUUUGUGCCUUACAGAAGAGGUUGUAAAUAAUGAUCAGUGCAGAAAGUUAAAAGCUUCCUUUUUAAUUUAAUUUAUAUAAUGAGCAUUUCUGGGAAUGUGACCACACUAAACAUUUUGUGUGUGGGUGGCAGUCAUAGAGAGCAGUUGGGCUUGAUCAAAGAUAAUGUAGCAGUGUGGCUAGAACAUCAAUUUCUGAGCUAGUAGUUGCCUAUAGGCAGAAUGGAAAGUGCCAGUGAGGGUCAGAAGCAAAGCCAAUAUCAACAUUGGUUAAUGAAAUAAAAUUGAUGUAAGGCUGUGAAGAUAGAAACAGAAUUUAACUGAGAAGUAAAUGAUGUGACUGUAAGGACAGGUGAACACGAAUAAAAAUAAAAUCAGGUGUAAUAAGAGUAUGACAUUUUCUAUGAAUAAAUUUUGUUUGAAAGCUUGAGAUACAUUGUUGGUCUUACAUGUCUGUUUAUCGAUAGCGCUUUGUAACAAUUUUCUUGGUCACUUUCUUUGAUGGUAAUGAUUAAAACUCACACUACCUCUAGCUUUCUUCGCAAUGUAGUAAAUUGAAACACCUUAUGGAAGGUAAUAGGACACAUGUGGAAUGAAUCGAAAACACAGAAGUUGUGUGGAUUCCUUGGAAUAAUAUGCAACUUAAGGAAAUUGCUGAAUACUGUUCCGAAUCUGAGUGUUGAAAUGUGGACACUAGUUUUUCAUUCUUGAUGAAGAGGAAAUUAAAUCUUUGAAUAAGAAAGAUGUUAGCAUAUCAGGCUGAUUUGUUGAGAAGAUAGUUGUAUAUUGUCUGAACGGAAUACUUGGGAAAUCAGUUACAAUGUCCAGUCAAUUAUGUUUGGUGAGAUGAAAUUGCUAACAAGUUUUCAAGAAGCACAAGUUGAUCAUACUGCCACCCUGAAAGGAAAGCCACCCUUGUUGUCAGCUUUUGUAUUUGUCUCCUGUGAGAUUUUCUGUAUUUGAUUAGUGGAGUAAUUACCUAUGCUUUCCUCAUUCUAUAAUCUUACCCAUUAUGUACUAAGUGCACUUGAAUUUUUACGUAAGUGACAACUGCUUAUUCAUUUUUGUAAAGUUUUCCUCUCUCCCUCCCUCCUCAAGCCAGUUAUUCAUGAGUCUUUCUUUCACUAUGUGAAACUAACUCUGCAUCCAGGACUCUAAAUAGUUGUGAGCUUUUGCUGAGAAGGUGGCAAGUUGAAGAAUUGUGGUUACUUUGCAGAAAACACCACAUCCCAGUGAUUUGGCAUCAUUGUUUUGGUAAAUUAUCUUAUCUAACAGUCAUGAUUGGUAAUAUAUUAUGUUGAAUAUUUAUGAAGCAUUAUGAAACUCUCUCUGUGUCGAGUCUACGGAAUGGUAUCUUACUGUCACAUUGUGGACUAAGGAAAUUCUGACGUGAGACAUAAGUAUUUUAAAUUCUGUAUAAUUUGUUUUACACGUCUUCCCUGUUACCGAUCUUGUACAUUGCCUUCAAGAAUUACGUAUAUUUUUUGUAAGUUUUGUUGGAAAUGAGCAAACUAGUGACAUUCCAAAUACCUGCACGGCGAUGUAUUUGGAGUAUAACGAAGAUACUGUUCAUUAGCAAAACUAAUUUACAUACAAAUAACAGAACAUCAAUAUUUUGUUUUGCAAAAUAAUGACAUUAAACAACUUUGUUGAUGUUGCUGCUGAAAUUGCAUUUCCUUGAACCAAAUUUGUAAUAACAUCGCUUUGUUUAAACUAUUUUGAAAUUUUUGGUAUACGAUAUGUUUGUUCCAUACGUUGAAAUAGACUUAAAACUUGUCUGUUGAGAGGGAAUGCGAUUCUUUAUGCACUGUCAUGAAUUUGUCACUGAUAUUUUUAAGUAUCCAAAUGGGUGUGAUGACUUAUAUUAUACAUUAUGUUAAUUUUAACCUAUCCUUUUCAUGGACAAUUACUCUAAGCUGACAGUUCGGCACUGUAUUUGGUAUAUGAUUUUCACAAAGUUGUUCCCUUUACCACCAAUAUGAAAAUUGCAGCUGUUUGUGCUACUGACAUUGGAUGUGUUUUGUGUAUUUAGCACUGUGAAAUA